CAUAUAGAAUGGACAUGAAGAUAAAGCAAAAUAGCGAAGAAAAAUGAUGCACAAUCCUGUUGAAGGGAGAGUAAACUAAGGUGACCAGAAGAGAGAGAUUCAUCGAGUCCAGUGAUUGAUGUACAGUGAGCUCGUGUUAAAGUAGAACGCCACUCCAAAUGUGGACUUUGCUGAGGACUUCAACUUUGAGGUUACCAAUCUCUGUCAUUAUCAUGGUGUCUGCUUCAGUAAAUGGUUCCUCUACGGACAAGAUGCAGAGAAAAUUAGAACUUCCUGCAGAAGCCAACACUUCUCUGUCCGUACCUGUGGAUACGAAGGCUGUGUUCGAUUGCCCUUCCAUCCUGUUGACUUCUGUGGUGGUAACAAUGUGGCAAAUAAUCCUCAGAGGCAAGCUGUCCUGCACCAGAGCGUACAGGAGAGAUAGAAAUGAGACCAAGGAAGGAAACUGUACUGACGAGAGAAUAACCUGGGCCUCCAGACCUGAUGAGAACCUCGCCCUUCAGAUUGAUCCCGUGGCCACCACUCAUGAUGGGUUUUACAUGUGUCAAAUGGUAACACCUGAUGGGAAUUUCCAUCGUGGAUAUCACCUCCAAGUUUUAGUGCCCCCCGAGGUGACCCUGUUUCAAAGCAAGAAUGGAACCGCGGUGUGCAGGGCAGCUGCAGGGAAGCCGGCAGCACAGAUCUCCUGGACCCCAGAGGGAGACUGUGUCACCGAGCGAGAACAUUGGGCCAAUGGCACAGUGACCGUCCAGAGUACAUGCCGCUGGGAGGACCACCCUUUGUCUAAUGUGUCCUGCUCUGUCUCCCAUGUGACCGGCAACAAGAGCCUGUCUUUAGAGCUGAGUCUCGGUCUCAUAAUCCGAGGAUUUCCAGCAUCGUCCUUACUGGUUAUUUUCUAUGUGAAAUUUGCUCUUUUCUUGGUUAUCCUGGUCAUUGUGGCAUUCAUCUACUUCCAGAGGAUUAAUGGUUGCAGAGCACGAAAAUAAAAAAAUCUGGAAGUCAAUUUAGACUUGAUGAGAUAUCCGAAAAAGCAGCCGGUUGAAAUCAGCCUUCAUGCUCAACUCCUACUUCAACGGCUCCUGUUACUCUGAUACCUUUGUGUUUAUGAGGAUUGAUGUGAUAGUUGGCAAUGCCCAUUUCAAACUCUUAGCAUACAUAUAUACACAUGCAAAAGCUUGCCGCCUGCCUUCACCAAAUGCCUGGGAUGACUCAUCACUUUCCCCUUUGCCCUAGUGAGUUCUUACCUGCAAAAGAGUAACAGCCCUGCUUCUCAGCCUAAAGAGGAAGAUGGCUCAGCAAAAGGCAAAUAACAAUGCUGUGCAGUUUCCCCACAUUUCUCGUGUUCUUUGGAUGGUGCUUUCAUCCUAACUUCUUGUUUUCUCUGCCUACUUGAGAUGCUAAUCAAUGUUGCAAUGGCAGGAGCCACUACAAACACUGCCUUCAAGUCAGCUAGUUGCUGACCUUCCAUUGCCUUUCUUGCUCGCUAGCAAUUAGUGGGGCAGUUGUAUUGCAUUUCUGGAUUGGUCAUUGAAUGAAUGGCCAGCAAUAAUUUUUAGUAGUACCUGCAUUUUUGAAGAAAUUAUAAGUUGAUCCCCAAAUAAGGAGCUGUUAGAGUCAUUGGAGACGGUGCUGAAUGUCACCUCAUCUUUUAGAGCUCCAGUGUCUCAAUUCCCUUUCUCAGUUCUCUUUCUUGUCUGCACUCCAAGUUGGAAUGGAUUAACGGUGGUAAGAGUAAGAGUGCUUGGUGAAACCCUAACAUCCUCUAGGCCCACUGUAAACAGGAACCCUAUCUUCACUGGUACAUAUGGUAAUCCUAUAGUAAAACAUGUCCUUUUAUUAAAAGAAAAAAGUUUUUGUGUAAAGUGGCAGGUGAUUUGGGCUGUUACUUUUAUUUUUAGCAAAACUCUAAGGGAGAAAAUUAAUGCAUACUGUCUAGAGGAUACUAAUAAGUAGAAUAGUCUAAUCAU